AUAUAAGGUACCUAUACUGCAUUAUAGACUAUAGUGCAUUUAUAAGUGUCAACGUCAAGUCGUGUCUUUACAUUACCUAUAAUAUUUUUUAGAAGACUGUUUUACAGAGUCUUGCAAGGAUUUUUUGUCCUCAGUGCAAUGUUUAUGAUAAGACUUAAAAAUCUAUUCAAUUAUCAAAUAAGUUGAUUGAGCUUUUGGGUGUUUACUUAAUGCCAAAAGUUAACCUCAACAGAAAUGGGAAAUUAUGCGGGUGAUAUUAUUAUUUGCCUGCUGGUUCUAUUUUCCAUAUGUGUCAUAUAUGGUACAACGCACAUAAUCAAAUCCUUAGUGGGGAAUGGAGAAAAUAUAUUGAGUUCUGAAACAUAUUAUAGUUGGAUUGUUAGAUUUUGCUUGAAUUUUUCUGGCUAUGCUACUGUUUUACUGCCAGGAUACUUGAUAUACAAAUAUGUUAGAAUAAGUAAAUAUCUUCAGAGAAAAGGUAACGGAUGUUUACCAAAAUUGGUACAUUCUUGCUUUGUGGGUACCAGUGAUCAAGGUUUACUAGAUUCAUCACAUUAUUCUCCAACACCGACGAAUAGUCAUACAUCGCGCACGUUUUUACAAGAUUCAUUUUUACUAAUACAUUGUUUUCUUGGUUUACAAGUUAGUUAUUUAACAUGGGGUUACUUACAAGAAAAAAUCAUGACACAGGAAUACAAUGAUGGAAAUGGUAACAAGGGUCAUUUUAAGGAUUCACAGUUUCUAGUCUUCAUAAAUAGAGUUCUUGCAGUUGUCAUAUCUGCAGUUUGCUUAUUAAUUAUAAGACAACCACCUCAUUCAAUACCAUUGUAUAAAUAUGCAUUUUGCUCACUUUCUAAUGUUCUAAGUAGCUGGUGUCAAUAUGAAGCACUUAAGUAUGUCAGUUUUCCAUCUCAGGUUCUGGCUAAGGCUUCUAAAAUUAUUCCAGUUAUGAUUAUGGGAAAAAUAGUAUCACGUACAAAGUAUGAAUACUAUGAAUAUGUAACAGCAAUUUUGAUAUCAAUAGGAAUGUUGAUGUUCAUGUUGGGUAGUACUGAUCAUAAAAAUGAUGGUGCUACUACAUUUUCAGGAGUCUUAUUGUUGGGUGCAUACAUGAUGUUAGAUAGUUUUACAAGUAAUUGGCAAAAUGCAUUAUUUAAUGCAUAUCAUGUUUCUAGUAUACAAAUGAUGUGUGCAGUCAAUUUGUUUUCAUGCUUGUUGACAGCAACUUCUCUAUUUCAACAAUCAAGUCUUAUGUAUUCACUAAUGUUUAUGACAACAUACCCUCGUUUUAUACUGGAUUGUAUAUUAAUUUCCAUAUUUUCAACCACGGGUCAGUUGUACAUAUUUUAUACAAUUUCCAAUUUUGGAGCUGUUACAUUCAUUAUAAUGAUGACAGUGCGACAGGGUUUUGCAAUACUUUUAUCAUGCUUAUUGUACCACCACUACAUCACACCACUUGGUAUGUUUGGAGUAUUUUUAGUAUUUUUGGCAGUGUUUCUACGUAUUUACUGCAAUAACAGGUUACAUUCAAUUAAGAAGCGUCGUGCUGAGGCUGGUAGCAUUAAGAAUAGACCCUAAAUAUUUUUAAAAUAUUUAUUUAUUUGCUACUGUAAAUGUUGUAAAUACAUCAACUUAAGAGUAAUGAUCUCAUACUUGUUUCAAACAUAAAGCGAUAAAGGAAGUAAAUUUCAUUGUAAAAUUAAUGACAAUAUGUGAUGAAAGGUUUUGAGUAAUAAAUACACAUGGUAAUGAUAACAAACAUGCUCUGAAAUAAGUACUUGAUAAUAAACAUAUAAAUAAUGACUGA